UUACUCGUUGCUCUAAUUUGCUCAACUAAAACCUCCAAUGGAUCCUGCGCAUCAUGAUCACAAAGAAGAAAAUGGUCACGAACAGUUCAUUUUUCGCUCAAAACUCCCUAACAUUCACAUCCCCAACCACCUUCCUCUCCACACCUACUGCUUUCAAAACAUCUCCAAAUUCAAAGAUCGCCCAUGUCUGAUCAACGCCUCCACCGGCGACGCCCACACCUACGCCGACGUCGACCUCGCGGCGCGCCGAGUCGCCGCGGGGCUCCACGGCUUGGGUAUCCGGAAGGGUGACGUCGUCAUGCUCUUGCUCCAUAACUGCCCCGAAUUCGUCUUCGCCUUCCUCGGCGCGUCGCAUCUCGGAGCCGUCACCACCGCCGCCAACCCGCUAUUCACCCCCGCCGAGGUCGCGAAGCAGGCGACGAACUCCAAAGCCAAACUCAUAAUCACUUUCUCGGCUUACGUAGGGAAGGUGGAGGAAUUAGCCCUAGAGAAAAAUCACAACGGUUUGAGGAUCGCGUGCAUCGACGCGCCGCCCGAGGGGCGCGUGGAUUUCUCGGAGGUGAUGCUUGCCGACGAGAAGGAAAAACCGACGGUGGAGAUCGAACCGGACGAUGUCGUUGCACUGCCGUAUUCUUCGGGCACGACGGGGCUACCGAAAGGGGUGAUGGUGACACACAAGGCGCUUGUGACAAGCGUGGCGCAGCAAGUCGACGGUGAAAACCCUAACUUGUACUACCGCAGCGAGGACGUGAUUCUCUGCGUGCUUCCUUUGUUCCACAUUUACGCUCUAAACUCGAUUUUGCUAUGCGGAUUACGGGUCGGAUCGGCGAUCUUGAUCAUGCCGAGGUUUGAGAUCGGCAAGUUGUUAAAAUUAGUGGAGUGGUAUAAGGUGACGGUAACACCAUUUGUUCCGCCGAUACUCUUGUCGAUCGCGAAAAACCCCGAUCUCGACCGAUACGAUUUGUCGUCGAUUCGGAUGAUUAUUACGGGCGGAGCGCCGAUGGGGAAGGAACUUGAGGAGGCCGUUAAGGAUAAGCUUCCUCAUGCCAAGCUUGGGCAGGGUUAUGGGAUGACAGAAGCGGGAUCGGUGUCGAUGUGCUUGGCAUUUGCCAAGGAACCCUUCCCCAUAAAAUCUGGUGCAUGCGGCACCGUCGUGAGGAAUGCCAAGAUAAUCGACCCUAACACCGUCUUGUCACUUCCACGAAACCGAGCUGGCGAGAUUUGCAUCAGAGGUAGCCAAAUCAUGAAAGGAGAGGUUCCUGUUGCGUUUGUAGUGAAAUCAGGUGCUUCAGAUAUUAACGAAGAGGACAUCAAGCAAUAUAUCUCAAAACAGGAUUUAGCUGGAUUACAAGCCAACUUGUAUCAAGAAAUGCUGAAAAUUGAUGGCUUAGAUGAUGAUCAAGUUCAUGAUGCCACCAAUAGUUUAGCAACAAAGCAUGAUUUGCUACGUGUAUUCUACAACAUUCCGGAUCAACUCAAGAAGGGAUACAUCCUCAAAAUUCUUAGUCGUGGGGUUUAA